AUGAACUCGCCCUUGUCCGCAUCGCCGUCAGGGCCCGAAUCAGCGACCCCGAUGUCGAGCUUUGGAAGUCAUACCCCCGCGCGCACGGAAAGCAGCGUCCCCGAUGUUAUCACUAUCAAGGCAAACUCCGACGGCCAGGUGUACAACAUGCAGACGCGUGGAAAGCCCGACAGGCCGUUUGACAUGCAGUUCAAGCCGGCAAACGACAGCGUUCAGGUCAAGAGCUUUGGGUGGUACAUCAGCAACCCCACCGAGUCAAAGCCGGAGACGCGCAAUCUAACAGAUUCCGCCGAGGCAGAUGCCCAGAACGGGAUUCUAUUCCAAAGGUCCGACGCAAAUAAUAAGACCUUUGUCUGCCUCAACGUCACCGAUGUCAACAAGAAGCACCAUAAUGAGCUCAACAAAGUCAUGGUCAUCGGCAUUACUUGGGCUUCCGGCAAACAGGAGGGAGAGACUUUUUCAAAGGCCUUCUCCAUUACCCCCAAUGAUGGUGAACAACUGAGCAAUAACGUCUGGGGAAAAAUCCAGGAAUCCUACUACAACAUAUCCAGGGAGGAGCCCAUUCAAUCUGGCGGCAGCGGCAGCGGCGGCCACAACGGCUUUACCCCUCCCAACAACAAAAGCGACGACGACAACAACAGCAACGGCAACAGCUCCUCUGACAUGCCCACCAUCGGCGGCAACAGCCCCUCCUCGCAGACUCACAACCGCGGCCGCGGGGGUCUCGGCACUGGCGCUAUUGCCGGCAUCGCCGUGGGCAUCGCCGCGCUGCUUGCCGCUGCCCUCGCCAUCUUCUUCUUCCUGCGCCGUCGCCGCAGCCGCGGCACGUCCUCGACCGCUGCGCUGCACCACACGCACGCCGCUGAACAGGAGAAGCUGUCGAGCUUCGCCAAGGGCGGCGUGGCUGGCGGUGCCAGCGCGUCAGACGCGGCGAUUGCGCCGUACCGCGACGAUAACUCGACCUUGACAAACAGCCACGACCGUCGCCGGAGUAGCGCCGCCACCGGGGGCCGCGUCGCGCCAGGGGAGGAUGUGGCGCGGCAGCCGUCGCCGCCCAAGAUGACAACGGCGGCGGCUGAGAGUCGUCAUAGCCGCACGAGCAAUGGCGUGACGCGCCACUUGGUUGAAGAGGGCAUGACGGCCGAGGAGAUUCGCCGGUUAGAAGAGGAGGAGGCGCAGCUGGACGACGACAUUCAGCGCGUGAAUGGCAGAAGACGGUGA